AUGGCUGCUGCUGCUCAGAGAACUGGUUCAAGACUCAGCCUGCAGCGCUGGGAGUGGUUUCGCAACGCUGCGGCGCGCGCUCCUGCUCUUACUUUUGCCAUCAUUUCUGCCCGCAAAGACAAGAAGCCAAUCAGUCGGACAUCAAGCUGGAGACCUCGACUCCAACCAAGAACGCCAGUCACAAUGCCUCGCCGUCGGAAAAUGAACAAACCGCAUGUUGUACCUCCAGAGUAUUUAAACAAUUGGGACUCACGCACUUGGUACUCACACAUUGAAUUCCCUCCUCCAUUCCCGAGUAACUCUUCUACGGUGGAAGCGAUUGCCACCUCUGUGAGCGUGGAACAGAUCGGCACCAACCAUACGGACCAUGUUGCUUCGCCCUACGAUGCCUCAGAACAGGGGCAACGAAUUACAGGACCGGAGGGCUUCACCGAUAUGACAUCCAACGUCCCGGUGGUCACGAUUCGUCCUCCCGCCGACGAGCCCCUACAGCGCCCACAAGAUCAUCCGCAGUCAAGAGUCCACCAAAGGACCCUCGCGUUAGUUGCCGAUCAUCCUGAUGUACUUAAUCGGAUGUGUGUCCGGUGCCGCCAGGACCCAGAAGCCUUGGCUCUGGAUCACAGGAAGCUUUACUUGGAUUCGCGUGAAGUUACAGACCAUCUUCUUGAACUAGCGGGACUGGAAGAGAAAAAGUGCGGCAACGAGUCAGACAGCCACAUAAAGUGGCAUGUCCUAUAUCGCCUUUCGAGUAUUAUCACUCUGAUGGAACGCAUGUCCGACUGCGACGUAUUGUCCGACUGCGACGUGUACUCACCCCCUUCCGCAUCGGAAGAUCAAGAUCCUGACUCGGAUAUGGCGAACACGUGCUUCGCUCAGACAAGGCUGUUGUUGAUGGUGGAGGCAGAGUCCUGCAUAGCAUCUUUCUGGGACAAAUUUGCAGCCCUGUGGGCAACGCAUGAGACUCACUCCAGGAUUCAGGCCAAUCAUUUCGUGGGAUUGCUUGCCAAGCUGUCAGAGGUUAUGGAACUUCUCAAAAUCGAGUAUGAACUCCACAAGGGCUCGGACUCCCGGAAACACUUUGAGCAGUGCUCAACGUGGGCUCAGGAGGCGCGGUUGUCAGGCAACCUCAACGUCCCAGAAGGCUCUUACCUCCCAGAAGACCCUUGCACCAGCCGACUGACUUGUGCGCUCGAGGGCACUGCCAACCCUUCACGUCUCUCAUGGGCCUUCAUCCCGCAAGGCGAGAUCGACCUGCCUCCGCCUGGGGAAUCCGAACCACUCCAAGGACUGGUCCCGGGAGUCCAGGUGUGGUAUAUGUUUCCAGAAAAUUAG